CCGUGCUUCUACACCUGCAUUGCUUGCUGUUUGGGGUUUUAGGCUGGGUUUCUGUUCAGCACUUUGAGAUAUCAGCUGAUGUACGAAGGGCUAUAUAAAUAAAUUUGAUUUGAUUUGAUUUGGAUGGUGGAGCGUGUACUCCACCUGUGGAUUUCUAUUCCAAGAGAAGAGGUCACUUAAACGUACCUAAUUAGUAAGAAAUUACCAUUGUGAUAGCGUGAUGAUGUGACUAUUUUAUGCAGAAAUAGUUUGGCGAUUGGUCACAUUUGUAAGCCCUCACAUAAUAUGCAGGGAAUUGUUGAUUUUGCAACCAAAACAAUGCGAUGGCAGAGUACUGGAGUAAACUCCCAGUAAUCCCCGUGACUGCGUGUAGGUUAAGAUUGGGUUGUAACAGAGUAUCAGAGCGAGACGUUCCUACCUGUCAGCUAGUAAUUGUUCUGUGUGGUGACAUGAUCAGAGUGGCCUGACUUCUUCCACUUAUUACAGAUGUCCGACUUAGAUAUGUUGAGCAUCCUGCUAUGAUGUCCAUUACCAAGCCGGAACACUCCGAGGCCAACCCUCAGUGCCAGACUGGCAGCCGGCCGGUGGCUGAGCCCGAGACCCCUGCUGUUCACAAUAACAGUGGAGGCUGGCUCAGCUGGGUCUUUGUGAGUGGAAGAGUUAAUAAGAAGGAGGUUCAUCUACCUGAGGACAAAGACAGAUCUAUUGUCUGGGAUCCAACUCUGCACAGAUGGGUUAACAAAACUGAGCCCAAGGCUGAGAACAAGUGUGUACAACCUCCUCCACGAAUGGGGACAUAUGGAUAUCAGGAGAACACUGGCAGUGUCCCCAAAGGAGUGAAUCCUUACUCUAUGAAAGCAACAGGUCUAUGGGGCAGCAGAUACCCUACAAUGCAUUACAAUGAUGAGACCAACUCAAAGCCUCAAAGCCUUGGGCCUGGACUGCUUCCUAGACAGCUCUCUGGCUUGCUCCCUCCUUCACACUUUGACCUCAUGGCACCAAUGGUUGUACCACCUGACACUCUACCCUACUGAGGUAUGACUUUGGAAAAUCCUUCCAAAUUGUAUCCAUUCAUCAUUAAAUGAGAUUUUACUUUAACAUAGCAAAUGACUGAAGUAGCAAGGAUGUUAUCUAAUU